UGAAACUCUGCUUAUAACCUAUAUAACCCCUUUAUAUUACUCGUCCUAUUACUUCAUAGAAAAGGUCCCUGUAAAUGCUUUUAUUUUGUCUCUGCAAUGUCUCCCUCUAGCUUUUUCUGCCAAUGUUCCAUAAAUGGUUUCUGUUGCUGUAAACAAUCCCACCCAUUCAUCAUACCGUGUGUCAUUAUAAACCACUUUGCACAGUUUUUCUACCAGUUUAUUCCAUUCCGUCCAGCACAGAAAGAUUAUGAAAACUGCCGGAGAAAUAAAAUAAACCUAUUGCAUCUUUGGCCAUCUGACAUCUCUAACAAUAUUGUUUUGGCAAAGUCAUCAAGCGAUCUGUAUUAUCCAUCCUUUCUUCUGUGACAUCCUGAGAUUUACUAUACUCUGCUCACUAAUGGAGGUUUCCUGCAUCUGGUCUCUCCUUGUCAUAUGGAUUUUUAGAACCUGCAAAGUGCACGCUCUCCUUCCAAUUCCCAUACUAAACCUAGAGGACAGGGUAAAGGUCAAUGAAGAAACAAAGAUUAGCUGCUCGUUACCUGCUAGCGAGUGCUCCUGCCUGGAGGUGGAAUUAAAGAUUGUCACUAAAGAAAGACUCAGAAAUUGUGUUUCUUAUAAGGGGGACUUCCCUAAUAUCACCUGCACGCUGGAGGUCACCAAAGAGAUGGAUGAGAUGGAGCUGUCCUGUGAGGCUCACUUUAGGACCAAAAGUAAACCUCAAAACCUGAACAUUCAAACUCAGCCUGAGUUCACAGACUGCCCUGAGAAUGUCAUUUGGAUUGCGGGGAAGGAAAACCGUUUCCAUUGUAAGGCCAAAGGAUAUCCAUCUCCUACAGUGACCUGCAAGAAAGAUGAUGUUGAGUACAAUACAAUGCAGAAAUACACAUCAUCAAAAAAUAUGUCUGGAAAUUACCACUGCAGAGCUGAAAAUUUUAAUGAAACUUCAAAGACAGUAACAGUAAUUGUGGAGUAUGAGCCCGAAACACCCAGCAUCAUAGCUCAGCCAUCAACAUCAGUAUUUGAAGGCGCAAAUCUGACACUGACCUGUGACGCAGAUGCUGUUCCCCCUCCUACUUACAGCUGGCAUACUCCAGCAAGCCAGGUUACUUACCUGCAUGACAACCGGACCAUACAGAUCAGGGAUGUAAAGAUCUCUCAUGAGGGCUAUUACAUGUGCAUAGCACAAAACAAACAUGGAAUUGAGAUGAUGAAACAGAAAAUUGCUGUGAACAGCGUAGUCAUAGUUCCAGAAACCAAAGUCGAAAAGUCUUCAGACAACAGCAAAGGAGCGAGGAUGGAACCUGUGUACACCCAAAUCUUAGCUAUGUUAAUAUCCUUAAAUUUGUUUUACUAUUUGUGUUAGUUGUUUAUGUUAGAAAUGAAAGAACGCAGAAGCAAAGUGUACCAUUCAAUUCCUGGAAUAUAAAAGUUUAAAGUAAAACACUCUUCCAAACUAA